AUGCAGUGCGCGCUCUCCGCCAAGGUCUCCCUGGCUGGCCGGCAGGUGACGGCCGCUGCCCCCAAGCAGCGCGUGGCGGCCGCACGCUUCGUGGUGCGCGCUGAGGAGAAGAAGGCAGCCGAGCCCAAGCCCUGGGCACCCCCCGCCCUCGAUGCCUCCGCGCCGAGCCCCAUCUUCGGCGGCAGCACCGGCGGUCUGCUGCGCCAGGCGCAGGUUGAGGAGUUCCACGUGAUCACCUGGGAGGCCAAGAAGGAGCAGAUCUUCGAGAUGCCCACCGGCGGCGCGGCCAUCAUGCGCCAGGGCCCCAACCUGCUCAAGCUUGCACGCAAGGAGCAGUGCCUCGCGCUGCUCACCCAGCUGCGCACCAAGUUCAAGACCGACGGCUUCAUCUACCGCGUGUUCCCCAACGGCGAGGUGCAGUACCUCCACCCCAAGGACGGCGUGUACCCCGAGAAGGUGAACGCGGGGCGCUCUGGCGACAACACCAACAUGCGCCGCAUCGGCCAGAACACCAACCCCUCGCAGAUCAAGUUCACCGGCAAGAUCCCCGCCGAGUUCUAGGCAGCCCAGGCCGGGCCAUGCCAGCUUGUCAGCGAGCGGGCGGUGGCGCGCGGCGCGCGCAGCGCCCGCGGCCACCUCCAGCCAGCAGCAGCCCGUGCGCGGCGGCAGCCGAUCACGGGGGGCGAGGGCCGCCGAGCAUGGUGGUCGGCGGCCGGCGGGUGAGCGCGGAGCGGCGGCACGCGGCAGGGUGCGCACAUCGCCCGCGGCACCUUCAGCAUUUUUAGAGCCGCGAGCGGCUGCGCAGCCCUGCGCUGCCUCCUCCGCGCCCGCCCCUCGCAACCACUCCACCUCGAGAAGAACUGAACCCCAGGUUACCAUCUAGUGUGUCGCGUGUACGAUACGUCCGUUCCUUUUUUGCUGCAGUUUUCUGUGCGCUUGCAAUUCACCCAUUGCAACCCAGCCCGGCUGCCUUCCCUGUAAGGCGCC